AAUCGUGUCUUCUUUAACUCAACCAUGGAUCACUCAAUGAUGGACCACUCAGGUCACGCUGGUCAUCCUAUGCCAGACAUGCCACCUAUGGACGAUAUGUGUUCUAUGAAUAUGAUAUUUACUUGGGAUUGGAAAAACACCUGUGUCGUGUUCAACUGGUGGCACAUCAAAACAUACUACGGAUUCAUCUUCACCUUAUUUGCAAUAGUGCUAUUGGGAAUGGGGUACGAAUUUGUUCGUGCUUGGUUUUCCUGUUGGGAAAAGGCGUACUUUGCAAGAUUGGCAACUCCUACCAAUCAAACUUCUCAAUCGUUAAGAAAUUUCAGAUUAAGCCGUGGUGUAUUGUAUGGGUUCCAAGUAUGGUAUUCAUUCAUGUUGAUGUUGGUGUUUAUGACGUAUAAUGGAUGGUUGAUGAUUGCCGUAGCUGUGGGUGCGGGUAUUGGGAACUAUUUAUGGGGAACCACUACUGAGUCCGGCUCAGUUAGAGCCAUGUCCUGUCAUUAGAUAGAUUUUGAUAUUACUCUAGACAUAUGAAUGCAGGUUAUUCUAGUUUUAAAUAAAAUGACUAACUUUUAAAAGAUAAAAAUUUU